AUGACACACCGGGGUCCUGCUCUGCCAGCGUUGCUGGAAGUGGGGCCAUCCUACCGUCGCCUGCAAGGUGAAACAACUCUCCUCAUCUGUUCGGGUCCGCACGAGCAGGAGGAGCACCACCAACAUGCAGGAUGUUGCAAGGGCAAUGCAAAAGCGAAACCCCCUGUGCCGCCCACCCCUCGCAACCAGCCCUGCCCCCACAAGGGCCACUGCAUCAACUGCCACAAGGACCACGCUGCCAACUUGGCCUCGUGUAAGUUCUGGGCCCAUUGCUACGACCGUGAGUGGAUCAUGGCCAAGUAUCAUCAGAACGUUCACCAUACCUAUGCCCACUUCAAUACUCUCCUCGAAAUUUGUAAAACCAAAUUUGAUAUUUUAUUUUUUCAAGAGACCCCUUGGAAUUUCAUAAGACAUGCACUGUUCACCACUAGUAUGGAGGGCGAUGAGGUUAUCGGCACACCAAAGCAUCCCAACUGGCUGCAAAUGGUGCGCAUUAAGGAAGGGGAAGUUCCCCGUGUGAUCGCCUCUGUUUCAACUAGGCUCUCCCGCUAUCGUCCCGCUAUGUGUCGUGACAUCGUCGACCAUCGUGACAUCCUCAUCCUCUCCCUCUUUAGUGGGGGUGAGGUUCUCAACCUCAUGAAUGUCUAUUCUGACGACCAACACACAGCCAUUGAGCACCUUGCUGCUCAUGUGCAUUCUCUCCCACCUUUCAUUUAUAUGGCAGGCGACUUCAAUUGUGUGUUGACGACUUGGGAUGACUAUGAGCAUGGCAAGUCGUCGAUGGCAAUAUCCCUGCAGGACACCACAUCUCAGAUUGGCCUCGAGUGGGCACGACCUUCUAACCACAGACCAACAAGGAUCAGUCCCAAUCCAAACCAGAGGUCCAACAUCUUGGAUUCUUAG